GGCCUCACUUGCCUCCGGAAGCCCCAGCCUUCAGCACCUGUUCCUGCUCCAGCCCAGCCCAGGAUGGCAUCCCUGCUGCCGGUCCACACCUUGUCCUUGAUGCUGAUUCUGCUGGCUAUCCUGGCCCCUGGGGCUACAGCAGAAUUCAACAUCUCAAGCCUGUCCGGCCUACUGUCCCCGGCCCUGGCGGAGAGCUUGCUAGUUGCCUUGCCCCCUUGUCACCUUACAGGAGGCAAUGCCACAUUGAUGGUCCGGAGAGCAAAUGAUAGCAAAGUGGUGAACUCCAGCUUUGUGGUUCCCCCCUGCCGAGGUCGCAGGGACCUGGUGAGCGUGAUGGACAGCGGGGCUGGCUUCACCGUCACUAGGCUCAGCGCAUACCAGGUGACAAACCUCGCACCAGGAACCAAAUACUACGUUUCCUACCUAGUGCAGAAGGGGGCGUCCACGGAGUCCAGUAGAGAGGUCGCAAUGUCCACGCUUCCUCGAAGGAGUAUGGAGUCCAUCAGGCUGGGAAUGGCCCGAACAGGAGGCAUGGUGGUCAUCACGGUGCUGCUGUCCGUGGGCAUGUUCGUGCUGGUGGUGGGCCUCAUCGUCACCCUGGCCCUGGGCACACAGAAGUGAGGAGGGCUGACCCCAUCCCCAGCAUGCCUCCUUCCAGGCCUUGGUCCGCACCACUCCCCUGGAGUCCUUCCUCCCUCUGCCCCUUGCCUUGCGCCUUGCUGGCCAGUGUCUCAUUCUCCUGUCCCUGCAGUUCCCUCACCUGUUCCUGUCAGCAUCCACCUUCCUCCCGUCUUACCACCACCCCACACAUACCAACGCGUGCUCCCUGUGACCUGGGUCUUUCCAAUAAAGCCUGUCUGUCCUGUUUCCCUUUCAUGGGCACAAA